UAGAUAAGUUUUCUCGUUGGGUUUAUGUGUGUUCUGCCGUUGUUAAUAGUUUUUAUUGUGCUGUUUUGUAGCGUAGUUUUCGCAGACUUUCGUCAUAAAUAAGGCGGUAAUAUUUUCGUUAUAUGACACACUCAUAUUUUAAAAGUAUUGCCCAAGAGCUGAACAAAAAAAGAAAAAAUUGUAGACGCCGGCACAGAGAAAAAAUAUUGUCCAUAUAUUAUAAAUGUAACGGCCGCGGGGUUAAAGUUUUUAUUUUUCUCAGUUUACAACUCUGUGCUGUUAUUUUUACAACGCACGAGAAAAAAACACAUAUCAGAUCCAACUUGAACAUUAAUUGUGAACUUUCGCGAUCGAUACCGUGAUAAAACGUCUUAGAUCGUACAUGAAACAUUCAUAAAACGUGCGAGUAAUUAAUGUACGUUUCAUAAUAUUUAUUAAUAUUAGCAGUAAUACUCUUGUUUACGAGCUGCUUUUCUAAAUUAUGUUAAUCCCUUUAGAUGAUUGGAGCAAUAACUCGGAAUUAGCACCAUAUAUUAGCCGGUAACUCGACGAUGAUGAAAUCGUAAUUAUACAUGUUCGAAGAUAAAAUGCCCCAGAAUCAAUUAAUCAAAACUUUGUGUAAUACAAUACUGCAUAUUUACCAUGUGUAACCUGAAACCAUUUUGAUUAAAAAAUACACACAUAUUGCGGUAACCACUAAUGACAUACACGCACAAACAAGUAAUAAUAAACUAAGACUAAUUUGAAAGUUUUAUCCCAAAAAUGCAUAUUCAGCGUCCCCAGAUACGAGCGCUGAACAUGCAGAAGCAAUAAAUUCAAAAAAUUCAAAACCAAAACUGAGAAAAAAAACCGGGCCUGUAUCCGCACAAAUCGCAUGCACCGUGGUAAAUAAAAUAGCUCGUUUCUAAAUGAAAAUCGUUACUUUUUGAUUUGAGGCAGCAAAAUUAAUGCGGACAAUAUAUAUUUCCCGGAGCCCCGGAAAAAAAUGGAACAAACAAAUCAUUUUAUGGAAAUUAACAAUAUUUUUUAUUCAUGUUUUCUGUGUCUGCGUCUACGUAAUAUUUUUUCGUUGCGUUGUUGUUGUUUGGAUUUAAUAUUGGAUUGCAGCUUUUGAUGUGCUUUUUUUCUCUCGUUUGUCCGGCCGUUUUUGUAUUAGUUAUUUUUAUGUAUGCAUGUUCGAUUUAGUUUUUAUCGCCGUCAUAUAUUUUUUAGAUGCGCCACGAAUGGGUCGUUUAUUAAAGGUACCCGCCAUUCAAUAUAAAUCAUAAAAGAUAUUACCUUAAAAUCCGAUUUUUUAAUAGGAAAAAAACGUCGAUGAAUACAUGUAUAUGCGUGCGUCAUCAGCACAAUCGUUCUGGCGAAAAACUUCCUCGUUGUGCCCUUAAGUAACUCUUUGGAAGUCUUCAAACUGUGGUUAACAUCUAACCAGUAUCGAUGAGGUUCUUCAUAUCAUCGCAAUUCCCCUUUCUCGUACUUCAUUCGUGAAUCAAUGGAACGUGUGGCUUACCACACCCAGUUAGGUGACCUUUAAUAGACUGGCCCGCGCUUUUGACAUUAUUAUUUAGCCCCCAAUGUUUUGGCAUGUCAGUUUUCAUUUGCACGUUGUUUCCGUUUGCUCAGCAGAUUACCCGACCCUAUUAAAAAUGAAAACUCCCACGUGGACGCAGGAGCAGCUGAAAGAAGCCAUCGAAGCGGUCGUGAACCAAAGAAUGCGUUUCACGCAAGCGUCCGCGCGUUACGGCAUACCGAAAGGAACGUUGUACGACAAUAUUUUGGGUAAAAGCAAACGCAUGGCUGUGCUCGAGGAGGCCGGCCUCAAUAGGCGCGAGGAGGAGGCCGUUUUGGAGUUUUGCUGCGAGGUUUCUGUGUCGCCCUACAACAGGAGGACAAAGAAAUCUCUGGCGUCGGUCUUAGAUUACGUACAGAACCUGCGGAGAGUGCGAGAUCCCGAGUUUAUGUUCACGGGGUUGAGCGGCUUCCGUUGGUGGUGGGCUUUCUGUAAAAAGCACAGCAUCGUUUCGCUAUAUUACGACAAUAACGGGGUGAAUCACGAACGGUUCCAGGUUAAAACGGAGGGGGGGACCGGUUUUUGAAUUUCACGAAUUUUUGGGAUGAACGUCGACUCACAGGACACGUAAUUUAAAGCUAAUUAAAAAAUGCAUUUUUUUAUUUAACUUUUUUUAAAUUACGUGGCUUCCCCAGAUACGCCUUUGGCCUACGUUCUAUAUGUUAAUGUUAAAGUAUGUAUCGCUGCAAUAAAACAAAUUGUUCAAAUUCGGGGACAAUGUUGAUUUUAAGUACAAUGUUUUGUAUCGAUCGAGAAAGACUGAUCCUUAGAUAAGUUCUAUCUAUUUGGCUUCUUUGCAUGUUUCUUUCUUCACAAAAUUCUUCGGCACAUUGUCCUUGAUCCAUUUAUUUUUAUUGUGGCCCUGUUACUCGAGUAUUAUUAUAUGUGAAUUAUUAUAAACCAACAAGUUAGAUAUUAACAUAUUAAAACUGAUAUUGUCUAAAGACUUAUGUGAAACUAUAAGCAAUAAGUGCCUUUAUAUACUUGUUUUCUCAUUGUUUUUGUAAAUAUAUAAUAAUGUAUUGUAAGUUUUAAUAUAGUUAUAUGUCUGUUAUAGGUUUAUAAAAUUUUAUGGCAUUGUUAUGCAGGGUUUUAAACAAAAUUUUUAUAAUCAUUGGUACAAUGCCCACAAAAUUAUACUGGUGCAAUCACGAGCAAUUGCAGAUUAUGAUUACAUUCCUCACUUCUUUUUCCAACAAGUAUACUUCCUUCAUUCCUAUAGUUUAUAGGUCUGUUACGUUUGUAAUUUAAGGUUACUUGCUUCAAUUUCCGACUCAUGCUCUCGGAAAAUGAGACACGCAUUGUUAGUUUAGUUUUUAUAUAAAAUGUUUAUUUUCUUUAUAGCCAUUUUCCAAUUAUCAGCGAGUUGUUCAUUGAAUUUUUAUUAAUUAACAUUGUAUUAUAUUUAAAAAAUGUAUUAUAUUUAUUAGUUUUGACUUGAUAAGUCUCUGUCUGAUAAUCAUUAGUAAGAAAGAAUUUUGCUAUGUUUAUAGAAACGUUUCUCAAUAAAGACCUAUUAACUUUAA